UGGCCCCUCCGAACACCCGGAACCGUCUUUCUCCGCCUCUUGGCCUUAAGAGCGGUGGACUACAACUUCCAGGAUGCCCCAGCCGUUAAAGAAAGACUGGCUGCCUGGGGAAUCCUGGGAGUUGUAGUCCAGCCCUCUUAAAGCCGCAGAGCGUUGUGAUGGGGUUGCCUUUGGGGUGUUUUUCCCACCUCUGGGGAGAAUGAUUGGGGGGCGGAAUGUAUGGUUGACCCCACAAAUCAUCUCCUCCAACCUUCUUCCUCAUACAGGAAAAGCGGUUUGCCCCCCACUCCACGCCCGGCCUCUUCUAAGCCCCCUUGGGAGACACAGACCCCCUGCCCCUUUGUGGGGGGGGACUGGCCCGCUCUUACCUGGACCCUCCCUGUACAGGGCAGCUCCAGAUUUCUGUUGUUAAGCAAGACAAUUGCUAGGCGGGAUGCCCAAGAAGUUCCAAGGAGAGAACACCAAGUCGGCCGCCGCCCGGGCAAGGAAGGCCGAGGCCAAGGCGGCGGCAGACGCCAAGCGGCAGAAGGAGCUGGAGGAUGCCUUCUGGAGGGACGAAGACAAGCACGUCAUGCGCAAGGAGCACCGGAAGGAGGAGCGGGAGAAGCGCCGCCUGGAGCAGCUGGAGCGCAAGAAGGAGCUGCAGCGGAUGCUGGAGGAGGAGGACGCCCAGCUGAAGGGCAAGGCGCCCAAGACGCCCGGCCCCGCCAGGGUCACCCGGGCCCAGAUUGACGAGGCUCUCCAGAAGGACCUGAAGGAGGGCGGGGACACCGCCGGCGGCGAGAAGCCGAAGAGCCACCUGGAGCUGCCCUUGGAGGAGAACCUGAACCGGCGGGUGCUGGAGGAGGGCGCGGUGGAAGCCCGCACCAUUGAGGAGGCCAUCGCAGUGCUCAGCGUGGCUGAGGACCUGGACCGGCACCCGGAGCGCCGGAUGAAGGCGGCCUUCUCGGCCUUCGAAGAGGGGACCCUCCCCCGCCUGAAGCAGGAGAACCCCAACAUGCGGCUGUCCCAGCUGAAGCAGCUGCUGAAGAAGGAGUGGAUGAGGGCGCCCGAGAACCCCAUGAACCAGCGCCACUCGGCCUACAACAGCCAGAAAUGAGACCCCUGGGGGGCUGCUUCCCCCCCUCUGGCCCCCCACAGGCCCUCGCUGGACUGGGGAAACCCCCUCCCCUUUUCCCUUCGGCCCCCCUUUGCUCUGGAGGGCAAUGAACGGCGGGGCAGGAACGGCUCUGGCAGACCGGAGCCCCCCCACCCCCUGCACCCCCCACCCCAAUUCCUGGUGGGGAGGGGAGGCCGUCUUCAUCCCGGGAGGGUCUCCCCAUUCUUUCUUGUACUUCCCCCCCCCCUGAAAUGGAAGGGAAGUUUUGCUUUGCCCCCCCCUCUCCCCCAGUCCAGAUAGAUAGCCCAGCCUGGGAAGGGGUGGGGGGCACUCCGCCUCCUUUGUUCUGCCCUGUCCUGAAGACCCCCAACUCAGGAGGCCCCCUUGACUCCACCAGCAGCCUCCAGCCCCCCACCUGAUGGGGAGGAAAUUGGGGUGCAGGCAUGACCCCCCUCCCCCUGCAAACGGGGUCAGGAUUCUUGGCCAGGACCCUCUUGCCUUUCCCUCGCCCUGCCCCCCCUCCCCGGUCCUCCUCUGAGGCUGGAGACCCCCGUUUGCUUCGGUUGUCUUUGAGGGCUCAGAGGGCCUCUCACUCAUUGGCACAAGGAGGCAGGAGACCCCUGCCUCCUCUGCUGGCCUGUGGACCCCAAGUAGCCCCCAGACCCAUCGGGGUUCGGCCUGUCCCUUCCUGACCCCUGGAACGGAGACCCUUGACAGCUUCCCAGGGAUGGGCCAGCCGUGUCGCUGGGACCUGCCCGCCCUGAGGGGCAAAACCUGCCCCAAAGAGGGUGGGGGGGGAUUUCCCUGGGCCCCUCCUCCUGGGGCGGUGCCAGAGUUGGCCUCUGGCUGUGGGCUUCCAGGGGCCCCUCCCCCAGCCCUUCUCCCGCCUCUGCCAGCCCCACUCGCAGGGCGCUCCCGGCCCCCUCCCUGGCUCCCCCCCACAACUGUGUGGGGACCUUUGCCCUGGGGGGCCCCCAGUGCCAUUCGCCAGGCUCAAACCGGCUGGAGCCUUUGGGGGCAGGGCUGGGAGGAGCAGGUGGGGUGGAGGGCAGCCCUCACUCCCGGCCAGGCAGCCCCCCCCCACUCCAAGCGCUUGCAGGCCUGCCUUUCCCUUGCCACCCUCCUGCCCAUUCACACACACACACACACACAGACACACAGACACACACACAUCCUCCUCCUCCUCUGCUUGGGCCUUCAAAACACCUGCAGGGAAGGGGGGGCUAUGCCAGCUGGCCCCUCCCACUUUGCCGCUUCCUCCGUGUUCAGGGAAAGUUCUGGACUUUUAAAACAUGGACAGAUACCUCAACCCCACAACAAAGACGAAAUAAAGAGGAUUGUGCCCA